AUGGACAAUCUCAUUGCCGAUGUGGAAGAUAUUAUUCAGAAGACAACUGAGAAGAAUCAAGACCUAUACCGAGCAAAAGUAUCCAGCAUCAUAGCCAGUUAUAUUCACAAAAAUAGGGACAUAAUGUACCAAACAGACAGACCAUAUAGAAUUGCAAGGGAAUUUCUGAAAGCUAAUGAAAAUCUUAUCAUCCUUAAUAGCGACAAAGGAGCAGUCACUGUGGCCAUGGACAGAGAAGACUAUACUCAAAAAAUGUAUACAAUAAUAAAUUCAGAAAGUUUCAAACAAAUACCGAGAGAUCCUACAACCACAUUGCAAAACAAAUGCAAUGACUAUAAUGAAUUCUAUGUGCAAACAUUUGGCUGCGCCAUGGGAUCGAAGCUUAGCCCGAUCUUGUCACAAUAUGUAAUGGACCAUCUACUGGAUGUAUGUAUACCGUUGCUGUCAUUCAAUCUCAUUUUCCUGAAGAAAUUUGUUGACGACCUAAUCCUUGCACUGCCUCACACAGGCAUAGAUGAAAUACAACAAAUUUUCAACAGCUAUGAUCCACACAUACAAUUUACAAUAGAGAGAGAAGAUGAAAAUAAAACAGUACCCUUUUUAGACACUAAGGUAUGUAGAAUAAAUAACACAAUUAAACUAGACUGGUACAGAAAGAAUUCAGCAUCCAAUAAGUUCAUCAACUAUCAGUCAGAACAUCCAAUACAAGUAAAAAUAAAUUGUGUUAAAGAAAUGAAAGCCAGGAUCAAGAACAUUUGUCACCCAGAUUUGGUGGAUGCGAAUCUGAAGAAAUUAUACCGGAUAUUUCAAGAAAACUCUUAUCCGAGAGGAUUACUAAACAAAUUAUUGUACGAGUCAAAUAAUAAUCCAGAACAACCUAAACCUGAACCAAAACCACCUGAAGCAGCAGAAGGAGAUGAUAACAGAAUGCCAGAAAACACAAAAUAUGGUUCCCUGCCAAAUAUUAGAGAUUUGACUAGUAAGAUCAAAAAUUGUUUCAAGGAGGAAAAUAUAAAGAUAGCAACGUAUAAUACAAAAAGCAUUUCAAGAUUAUACAGCAGAAUAAAAGAUCAAACACCAACACUACUUAGGUCAAAUGUUGUCUAUAAGAUGAAUUGUGCGGAAUGUGAGUGCACAUAUAUUGGUCACACGUCCCAGUGGCUAAAAAGCAGAUUGGCCUUACACAAAAGUGACAUCACAAAAAACAACCAGCGAUGUGCUUUAACCAUACAUGCGGUAGAGAAAGGACAUAGGAUUGACUUCGACAGUGCAGAGAUAGUGGCAACUCAGAAAAAGUAUAACAAAAGACUCAUACUCGAGAUGAUAAACAUAAGGAACCAGAAAGACCCAAUAAAUAAAAAGACCGACGUACAGAAACUAAGUAAUGUAUAUACCUAUCUACUCACAUACCCUAACAUUAAAGAACGAAAAAAUUUUUAUGAUGGACCGUUGGAUGAAUAA